CUAUGUUGUAAAGGACGCUUGAUCCUUUACAACAUCUCCAGUAGAUUCCGUAAAACACCACCCUAAAAAACAAUAUACAUGUGUCCUAAAAUGAAUUUCGGACGGAACGAAUUCGAACUCCGGCCGACCAGAAUGACACCGCUUCGGCCUGCCGCCGGAUAUGACCUGCUACCUACUCCGGUGAAGUUUGGACGACACUCUGGUGACGCUCCGGCACGCCUCGUGCGCUGACGAUGCUCCAGCCGGUCGCUGCCAAGCUCCUCCGCCUACUCGCUGCUCGCACGUGGAGUCGCCAGGGCCCUGCUCCAGCAUUGACCGGUUUUACGGGAUCUUCAAAAAACGGCUCGAAUCCUCCAUAUGACCAAGUUACGCUCUAAUAUACAUAUACAUGACGCUAUAUUCUUUUACAGGAUAUAUGUUAUUUUACAGAAUUUAUUCUAUGCAAUUUUUAACCUGUAUCAUUAAUUUAAAGGUUUGACAUUUUUACGGAAUCUCCAGAGAUGCUUUUAUGACGUCAGAUCCACGGCUCGAUCUAACAGACGGACGCAUCGCACGGAGGGGAGUAGUAUAUGUGUUUUCGUAGUGUAGCGAACCGGACCCGACCUGUCCUGGUCCGCGCCCAACAAAGGACCGGACCGCCCCGGACGACCGAGCCCCGCUCUGCCCCGCAUCCGGCAGCCGCGCGAGAACGAGGGCGCCGCCGCUCAACCCCAUCGACCUCGAGGAGGGCCUCUAGCGGCCACAGGCCCACAGCCAGCCGGCACGGCGGUCACCACAGGCCGUAUGAUGCGAGGCACCAGCCGGCGGGGCACCGGGCGCGGUCCGGCUCUCCUCCACAAUCUCGUCGCCGGCGACGCGCUCAACAGGGCACCUUCGUGCUCCUCUCGGUUCCCGCUGCGGUCGUCUCCUCCAUCCCAUCCGUCCCUCCCGACGUCCAGGCCCUGGAUAACGCGAGGGGGGCAGAGCCCGCCGCAGCGCGCCGCUGCCAUCCGACGGGCCCAAUCUCCCGCGCCCAGAGCAAGCAAGAGGCGUAAGGACGGCCUCUUGCUGGACUCGAUCGAGUAGCCUUAGAGGGAGGAGGGGGAAGUCAAUGGAGGAUGUGGCAGAGGGGAAGACAGACGUGCUGCAGGGGAGGUACCAGCUGGGGCGCGUCCGCGGCGGUGCUCUUCGCCCGGAUCUCCCGCACCGGCCGCCUCCAGUUCGGGGCCUCCAUCGUGGUCUGCGGCCUUACCCACCUGCUCGCCGCCUUCACCUACGAGCCCCACUCCUUCGUGCUCGUCCUGCUGCUCACCGUCGCCAAGUGCGUCACCGCGCUCGUCUCCUUCCUCACCGCCAUCACGCCGCUCAGGCUCAGGCUCAGGCUCAUCCCGAAGCAGCGUAGCUGCUCCGCGUCAAGGUCCGCGAGCGCCUGCUCUGGAUCAAAGCCCGCGAGCUCGACAUCAUGAAGCAGCAGGAGCCAGGAGGAGGCGAGCUGGCAUGUCUGGGUGCUCACCCAGGCAAGAGUCGAGGAGUCGAGCCAAGGUUGAGACUCAGACUAAUUAGUUGGUAAAAUACUGUAGCAUUCAAUUUUUUUUGACAGCAUACUGUAGUACUCAACUUAAAAUACUCAUCAACACUAAUACCUGGUGUUCCCUCUGUUUCUUUUUAGUCCACAUAUAAGACUUGUAAGUCAAACAUAGUGAAGUUUGACUAAAAGUAUAGAAAAAACAUCAACAUUCACAAUAUAAAAUCGAUCUCAUUAGUUGCUUGAUUGAAUUAACUUUCAUAUUGCAUAUCUCUACUAUUGUAGAUGUUGAUAAUUUUGUAUAUAAAUUUGGUAAAACUUUAUGAAGUUUGACUUAAGAAAAAUCCUAUAUGUGAAGUAAAAAAGAAAAGGGGGGGGGGGGUAUGUACUACGUCUGCCUGUUCCUGAAUAUAACACGUUUUGGCAGUUUAGAGGGCAUUGGAAGCAGAUUAGGAGCACUCGGGUAAUUUAGUAAUUCAAAAAAGGUAAAAAAAAUCCUAGAACUUUUUUGGAACAAAAUAUGACCAGGUAUUGUACUAGUAUAAAAAGUUUGGCUAAGGAAUGAUUCUCGUUGACUUAAGGGCAAAAAAAAAAACAAAUUUAUGACGACAAUAUAGCAUGUAUAGUACUUGUAUCUAGCCUUUUUUGUCAAAUCUUUGGCCCCGGAUACAAUGAGACUCAUUCCAUCUUUU